CGCAGAUAAGCAGCCUCAGGUACUUUCUAUCUCCCCUCUUGCACGACCGCUCAUCGUCAUCAGACAUGACCCAAUACUGAUCAGACUUUAUUCACAAAUAUCUUAACCAUGUGGGAUAUCCGUGCUCUAGCUGCUGCGGGCGUGCUGGCGCGCAUCGCAAUGGCGGCCGACUUCGACUGGACCACCAUCGAGCCUUCGGAACAGCUAAUGUACCAUCCAUGCUACGAUGGGUACCAAUGCGCGAGGCUCUCCGUCCCCCUGGACUGGCAGGAUGCCAACAACACCAAGACGAUCGCCAUCGCCAUCACCACUCUUCCCGCCACCGUCCCCAGACAUGACCCGUCAUUUGGCGGCACCAUCAUCUUGAACCCUGGAGGGCCUGGGGGCUCUGGUGUGGGCUUCGUCCAGAGCUUUGGGCAUCUGCUUCAAGCUAUGACCGAGGGCAAGAAACAUUAUGAACUCCUAGGCUUCGAUCCUCGUGGUGUAGCCUACACGACUCCGAGAGCUGACUGCUUCGGCGGAAGUCACAUGUUUGCAAGGGAUUCGAAGAUCCUACAGUCGAGGGGGAUUGGUGCACUUGACUCAAGUGACAGUGCUCUGAGACGCGCCUUGGCUCUGAACUCGGCUUUCGGAAGCCUCUGCGAGACCAAGGAUGCAGAAGACGACAUUCUUGCGCACGUAUCGACGGCAGCCGUUGCACGGGACAUCAUUGAGAUUACCGAUCGGGCGGAUGAGCUUCGACGUGCGGAGCGGACCUUGUCCCCACUCGCAGCCCAGCACCCUCUGGGUGACGGCAACGAGGACUCCCACGACAAGCCUGCCCGUGUCUUGUACUGGGGCUUCAGCUAUGGUACCGUCCUCGGCAAUACUCUUGCGUCUAUGUUUCCAGGACGUAUGGGCAGGGUAGUGCUAGAUGGAGUUGACGACGUUUUUGACUAUCACAAAGGUGAUUGGCUGACCAAUCUCCGCGACACUGAAAAGAUUGUGGAUUACUUUUAUGAUACGUGUUUCGACGGCGCAGAGAACUGUCCACUCUGGAAUAAAAGUGACAAGUCGGCCAAGGAUAUCAGAGCUCGCAUCGACAAGCUGGUCUCAGAUGCCGACGAUAACCCCAUCAGCUUUGUUCAGAAUGAUGGCUCAUCGAACCUGAGAGUAAUGACGGGCACUGACAUUCGACAAGCAUUUUUCCGACCCUUGUAUCGCCCAGUUCCAGCCGGCUUCGAGUCUCUCGCCACCGUUCUGGCCGAGACGCUCAGGGGCAACUAUUUCUUGAUCGCCCAGGAGAUCGCCCUACCCGUUCUUCAAGAUGCUUGUAGCAUCGAUAACUCUACAAAACCCGGGCCAGAUGAUGCACAAGUCGCUAUCCUUUGCAGUGACGCUGACUACGCUGAUCCGGACGGGCCUCAUCGCGGCGGCGAGAAGCAAGGCCUCGAGUAUUGGAAGCACCAUGUUGAGACGGUCAUGAACCAGUCAUCAACAUUCGGUCCAUUCUGGUCGACCGUGCCCUCAUCCUGUUCUGGAUGGCGCAUCCGCCCCAAGUGGCGCUUUGCCGGUCCCUGGGGCACACCUCCGGCCGAUCCUGAGCUGAAGGAAGGGCUGCCCGCUGCCCCGAUCCUGUUCACUUCUUCCAGACUGGACCCAGUGACGCCGCUACACGCCGCCUACAAGAUGUCAAAGGACCAUGCAGGCUCAGCAGUGUUGAUCCAUGAGACAGUCGGGCACUGCGCCGCGGCCACGGGUUGGAGCGAGUGUUUCAAUGAGCAUAUCAGGGCAUACUUCGAUGACGGAAUCGUCCCUUCGAAUGGGACUGUUUGCGACACCACAUGCAAGCCGUUUUCAAAGAAUGGGUACUGCCAGCCUCCGGCUGAAGUCGUGGCUGCUGCUGGGGAUGCCCAUGUCUUUGGUCUUGCGCCUGACCGUCGGUCGGGAUGGUAUUUCAGACCUCUCGGCCUCAACUAAUGGAUGAGUAGAAACUGGGAUCUUAGAAGAGCACAUAAGAAAGUUUUGUUUCUUAACCUCGCAUUCUCUUAACACUGUAUGAAGGCGUCGUGAAUGACUUCGGACGUAUACGAAAU